GCUCGAGAGUCCACAAUCGGUUUCCUACAUAAUAUGCCCCACAUUUUUUUUGCACUGCAUUGCAUUGCUGUCCACCGGUUGUGCUCAGUGGCUUAUGUGUAUUUUAGUCUGCUGAAAAAGCCUUGACGUGAGUCUUCCAUUUCUCCAGCACCUACAUGCCGUAGAAAGUGCGCUGCGGAUUGUCUGUUAACAGAUUGCCCGCCACUGUGCGGCUGUCCUCUACCUACUGAACUCUCUACUUCAAUAGGCGUCUGUCACUGCAUCUAUCUUACAAAAAUAGACUCAACUUGACCUUUGUGACCAGUCGCGACCUAGGCUAUGCACAUGCGGCAUUAGCUGCUCAUGCGUGGCGGCGACCAUCAUAGGUUCACGGUGGCGCAAUUCGCUUUAUAGAGGCAUUGUACAAAAUGUUUCUCUCUCCCAUACCUCCUGUUCUUAUCACGUCUUCAACUCAACUCGUUACUCACAUGCAUCGAGCUCUGUAUAUUGCCGAAAUUUUACACCUCAUCAGCUGCCACACCGACAAUGGCUCACUUACUAGCCUUGCGUUGACGUGUCGCGCAUUUGAAGGUCCAGCACUUGAUGCCUUGUGGAGGAAUUUGCCAUCCAUAGAGCCGUUUAUCAGGUGUCUACCCAAAAAUCUCUGGGGUUUCAAUCAUUGGGGAGAACUUAUACUACUCAAGCCCAUCGAUACCGACAAUUGGACCACUUUUCGUAAAUACGCGUCCCGUGUGCGCUCGAUUACACAGUCUCAAGAUCCAUCGCCCAUCAUCGAGCAUCUUCGAAUACUAAUGUUGUCUUACCCAUACCCAUCCUUGUCCAUGUUUCCAAAUCUUCGAAGUUUGACUUGGAAUGCCGGUCACACCCACCUAGCCAUCGAGUUCUUGCGUAUGGCAUUUGUGCCCUCCCUUGUUUCCUUGGACCUACGAAUUACCUCGAUUUCGCCAGCCCUCAUGUCCAUCCUUUCGACUCUCGGCACCACAUGUCCUAAUCUCACCUCCUUUCGACCUCAGGUAGAGAACCCGACGAUGAACCAUGAUAUUGCGCCCUUCAUAACACAAACGAUCUGCCAGCUCCGUCAUCUUUGUGCCUUGUCUGUGUGUCAGCUGGAAGAUCAAGGGAUGGUGCACAUUACACAGCUCAAGUCUCUAAAGAUACUGUGGCUUUAUAUAGAGCCUUCUUUACUCCGACGCAUGGGGUUGCCACCACAAUCGCUCGGUUUUGAACAUCUGGAUCUCUUGGGCCUUCAAGGUCGCAGACUCGACCACAUGACCGACUUCUUACGUUCUCUCCGGACCAUCCGAAGCAAACAUGUUACGGCCGUGUUUUCCAGUACUUUUUUCGCACAGCGAUCCAAUUCUGUGUCCCGGUUCUGUGCCAUGCUCCAAGAGAGAUGCGACAAUGACACCCUCGAAGCCAUAACACUCUGCGAACGGCUAUACAACAACUUCGACAAUAUAACUGCGCAACCAAGUGACUUCGCCCCGCUGCGCCUUCUUCGCAAUUUAACCCAUUUCGAUGUCGAGGCAGGAUGCACCAUCUCUAUCUCCGAUGACGAACUAUGCGAGCUGGUAAACGCAUGGCCCAAGCUCAAAACUUUCAAGCUCAGCUGUUAUCACGACAGGCGCCAGUACUACGCUGCCUACCUUCCAUGGACUAAUUAAGUUGCUCCGACUUUGCCCUGAACUGGUAUCUCUUUCUCUCGUCAUCGAUGCCACGCAGCUUGAUGGGAUAGAUGUCAAAUCCCCCGGUAAUGGCAUCCGUAACGAGGGUUUGAAGGAGCUUGUCCUCGGUAACUCAACUUUCGACUCUGCACUGGCGGUGGCUCUGGUCUUCAGCAACCUCUUUCCUAACCUGGAGGAGGUGAAUCUUGGUCCUUGGAUUUCUGGCCCACUGGAUUAUUGCGUGAUAAAAAGCAGGAGAUGGAUCGAUGGAAUUCGGUCAAUCGCUUACUUGGAAGCUUUUGUACUGGCAGGGUGCGAUGUUGAUGGCUGUGUCUAUGUAAAUCAUCUAUGCCAGCGACUACUUAUUGUGAUCACAAAUAAUUGUUUCAUUGGUUUACUGGUAUGACUGAAGAGGCAAACAUGUGUG